AUGGCUCCUCUUCCGAUUACCACACAUAUCAGCAAGCUGAUAGAUACUGCCACCACACAACCGGACCUACAAGCCUUGAAGAUCCCCCAGUUCUCCGAUGACGGAACUUCAAAUGGAUGGGAAACCAUAACUUUCGCCCAUUUCUUACGUGACGUUGAGAAUGCGGCUCGUUAUUGGGCAAAUGAGCUUUCUCAAAAAGGAGUGAAGUACCGUGAUGUAGUUGGAAUCUGGGUCAAAGGGUUGUCGUACAUAGAUGCUGUGCUUAUUUGGGGAAUACUGAGAGCUGGGUAUAUCCCACAACUCUUCUCGCUAAGAUUGACAAGUUCCGAUGUUAUCUCGACGCUCCUCGAGAGGACUGGCGGGAAAGCUGUCGUCGUCGAAUCAGAAUGGCUCAAAAGUGUCAACGUCAGUCAGCCUAGUCUGCCGGCAGUAGAUACGAGGGCCGCAGAUGUGAAUAAUUUACCACUACCUCCAGUCUGGGUGCCGGCCAGUGGCGAUGACACUGUCAUGAUUUUCCAUUCCUCAGGCUCGACAUCUGGAAUGCCUAAACCGAUUGAGAUCACUGCUAGGUGGCUCAACUUCAACAUCCAAACAAGCCGAGACAUCUUCGAGGCCAUCUAUACUGAUGGUAGACGAAGUGUGAUGUCAAGCAAUGGAAGCUUCUGCCACCUUGCUGCGUCUUUCAUGAUGCUGAGUGCACACGCCCGUGGUGGGUGCGUGGUGCUCUGCAAGAACAUGCCUUGCACCUCACAGGAGAUCAAACUGCUCGUCAAGGAACACGGCUUGACGAGCUUGUUCCUUUUUGCGUCAUUCCUCGGUGAUAUCCUCCGAGAGGCGCGAACAGACAAGGAGUUGCUUGAGGCCCUCCAGAGUCUGGAUGAUGUGACCUAUGGUGGUCUCCCUAUCGAACCAGAAAUAGCCAAUUGGGCCCGACAGCAGGGAAUCAAGCUCACCGAGGGGUUCGGCAGUACUGAGAUGGGCAUCGGUUUGUUGUCGGUAGGAGGAGAUGGGCCUGACGCGGCUCUGCUACGUCCAAUCAAGGGCGCAACGUACAAGUUUGUACCAGUAGAAGACCACGAGACGGAUGGAGACAAUGCGGGAGAGAAGCUCUUGGAGAUGAUCAUUCCGCCAGAGUGCCACAACUGCCCACCGAAAUCUCUCCGGAACGAGGCGACCGGCGAUUUCCACACGGGCGAUCUCUUCGUCGAAGUUAUGCCGGGAAAAUACCUAUUCAGGGGCCGCAAUGAUGACUGGAUCAAGACGCAGUCCUCCCUCCGCUGCGAUACGAAAGCCAUUGAGGAGAACGUCAUGGAGCUCUGCGCCCAAGAUCUCAUCAAUAGGGUUGUUGUCGUGGGAAGCGGGCGGCCAUCUCCGUCCAUUUUGGUAGAGCCAAAAGAUGAAAAGGCGGAUCAUGUAUCCCUUCGCGAGGAGAUUCUUCGUAGAAUCACUCCAUUCCAUGAGCGGAGGUAUAUGCAUGAGCGUGUCGACAACUCUCGGUUCAUUGUUGUUGUCCCACAGGGAUCUCUGCCCACGACGGCAAAGGGCAGCGUGCAGAGAAAGAAUGUCGAGAAGCAUUUCCAGGCUACCUUGGACCAGAUUUACGCCUAG